AUGCCUUUUGCAUUUAAAGCCAUCUCUAUUGUUUAUCAACAAUUUGAUAUAUUCGCUAUUAUUGAAUUGCCUCACUUGUGCAUAAUUGUACUCUACACAUACUUGGUUCCUUUAACUGUCUUUGUCUUGAUCCAAUUGGUCUAUUCUACAUGGUUAUUAUCCAACAGAGAGAUGUAUAUUCAAGAAAACCUAGACAUUUCAUGGCAACUAGCAUACAUGACAAACACAGAGCUUUUGUAUGAUAUGCAAGAUCAUUGGCAUUGUCAAGGUUUUAUGACUCGCUUCGAUCGCCCCAUCUUGUCACUAGAUACACAUGCGUUGUCAAAAGCAUGCUAUCCAAUUCUGUCAAGAACAUUUGGGCCUGCUAUAUUUGUUUGGGGAAUUGUCUUGUGGAUCAUGAAACUAGUCCAGGCAAUUGGUCUCUUGUUUAUGUACACCUUUUACUUUGAUCAAAACUAUGUCUUUGACAAAUUGUCACAAAAAAACUUGAUUUAG